GUCUGGAACAGACGUCAUCGGUAGGGCGACAGGAAGCUCGCCGUUUUUAUCUAAAGGUCGUGUUUGUUUGUGUUGCUUUGAGUUGUCAAGCUUUCCAUUUAAAUAAUCAUGUCGACUGCUAUGAACUUCGGAAGUAAGUCCUUUCGGCCUCGUGCCCCAGACAAAGGAUCUUUUCCUUUGGAUCACUUUGGAGAGUGUAAAGCCUUCAAAGACAAGUUCAUGAGGUGUUUGAAAGACAACAGCUUCGAUAACUCCAAAUGUAGGCUCCAGUCGAAAGACUAUCUAGGGUGCAGGAUGGACAAUCAGCUGAUGGCUCGGGAGCCUAUGGAAAGACUCGGCUUUAAGGACCUGAUAGAUCCUCCCAUCCAGGACGAGGCUAAACCAUGAACUACAGACAGGGACAAAAUGACCCUGAGAGGGUGCAAUGACUGACUUUUGAAAGUGAAGCCUAUUGGACACCAUGUACAUAUAAUUACAUUGUAAUGUUUUGUUUAUAAAUAUUUUGGUUAUUUAAACUAUCAUGGCUUGGGUGCUCUGUGACCUACUGCAUGGCUACUUAGUUAUGGUCAAGUUUCUGACAAACAGGUUAUAUAUAAUUCAAACAUGAACUUUAUUGUCAGCACAAAUACAGGCCAGAUCCAUGUGGAGACAGACCAACUACAAUGGGGGACUUCAUUAAAGCAAAAUGUAACCUACUUUUACUACAAAAAGUAAUACAAGAAUCCUGUAAAAACACAGAUUAAAAAGAUACAGAUCACAUUUCCGUCUUCCACAAGAUAGGACACCAAGAACCCCAGUUUGAGGAAGCGGAUCACCCUUCAGUUGACGGGGCUUGCAUAUCAUCAGCCAUUACAUAACCACGAUGU